CGGCCUGGCAGCGGCAGCUCCGCGAGGGUUCCGCUUCCGGGUGGGAGGGCAGGCCUGUUGCUAGCGGGGGCAGCGUUGCUAAGGGAGGCCUAGGCCGCCCGCGCCGCCAUGGCGGGCAGCCGCAUGCAGAAGAUAGGGAGCGUGUUCAGCCGGACCCGCAACCUGCUCCGCAUCGGGGUGAUCAAGAAGCCGCUGUGGUUCGACGUCUACGCCGCCUUCCCCCCGCUGAGGGAGCCCGUCUACCGGGUGCCGCGGCCGCGCUACGGCAAGGUGAAGGACGUCGUCCCUCCCAUCUUCUACGAGGAGGACCAAGUGCGAGCGAGAUUUUACAGAAUUUAUGGCAGUGGUCCAAGACCUUUUGAUCUGUCAAAAUCGAACUACAAAUCUACUUGCCAGAGGUUUGUUGAAAAAUACAAUGAACUGAAGGAAGAAGGAAAAGUUGAAGAAGAAAAAUUGUUUGAAGAAACAGGAAAAGCUCUUUUAGCCAGUGGGAUAAUUUUGCAGAGAAGAGCAACAGAGAAAGUAGCACAACAGGAUCAUCAAGAUGCUGAAACCAGGGAUUCUGCGCCACACCCCCAGCUUCAGCCUGUGUUGGAAGAGGUGCGGGAAAAGAAGCAAGAUCAGGAGGAGCAGACGCCAGGGUUGGCAGAAGCGCGGAAGGAAAACCCCUCUCCCUCCUGACAGCCGUGCCGCUGCCUGUGCCGCUCUGCCACCCGCCGUGCCCUGGCUGUGGUGGAGCCGCCGAUUCUGCCUCCAGCCUGGUGCUUCUGAGACAUUUUCUUAGGGGGAAUGCGCCUCGGUUAUCCGGCUCGAGUGCCUUCUGUGAUCGCCUGUGUGGCACGCGUUCUUGUUCUUCCAUCUCCCCAGUUGUAUUAUUGGAGAUGAUAAAUUUUUUUGAGGUACAGGACUGCUCUCUCAGAUUGUGAGUUGGAAAACAUAGUUGGAAAAAUAAACAUUUUCUGUAAAAAUGGGAA